AUGGCGACGGCGAGGAUCACCCCCACAGAUACCGCGGCUUUGAAUGAAGGGCCCGACGGGUCCAAGGCUGACUGGGAUACGCGGGAAAAGGUCGCCACUACCGAGGAAACCAUCAACGGCGUAGACGUCGAGGAACCCGAGAUUGUUUCUAAUGGCGACCAAUACUACGGCGGGGAGGAGGCCCUCCCACCCUGA